AUGAGUGCGGAGGGCUCGGCCUUGCCAGGGGCGACCUCCCGUGCAAAGCUUCAGGAGACCCUGGCGGAGCUCGCAGCCACCAGCCUCACGGGCGCCGCAAGCGCGGCGCUGCGGCGCUUGCGUCAGGAUGCAGAGCGGAAACUGGGUUUGGAGGUCAAAAUUGAGGAUCCCGCGCUGAGAGAGCUGUUCGGGCACCUCCUGCAGGUGGAGCAGCUUCUCUUCCAGCUGCGGCAGCAGGCCGUGGCGCUGCAGGAGGCCACCAACGCCUUCGCGGAGGGCGCCGGGCGCUUGCUGCGCCGCGCCGGAGGCAAUAGCCCCGCCGGCUCGCCUACGCAAGAAGGACCAGGCUCAGGCGCGCUGGCCACCAAACUCCGAGAGCUGUCGGAGCUGUCGGGCACUCCGCGGGAGGACCGCCUCGGCCCUGAAUUGGACAAGGCAGUGGCCAGCGUCACCUGGCAGACCUUGUCCCGGAGCCCCAACGCCGGGGAGGGCGGCAGUGCCCGGUACCGCCUCGAGCGCGAGCUCAACGAGGUCUUGCAGCUGGUUGACGGCCAGCUGGAGCAGCAUGAGAAGCUGCGCCAGCAGAUCCGGGAACGAGACUGCUGGAAGGGUGCCGCGGAGCAGUGCCAACAGGAAGAGCUGGCAGCAGCAAGGAGGGGGCCACUUGGUGUGCAAUUGGCCUCCUUCGGCGCAAGUUUCUUCGCGGGCCCCACGACCGCCAUGGCGCGCUUGGACGCGCUGCAGGAGCAGCUGCAGGAGGCGCAGGCAAAGAUGGCAGCGCUGGACACAGAUGUCCUGGCGCAGCUUCUGGAGGUGAAGGCGGAGGCGCGGAGUUUGGUGGCGAAGCCCUGGGCCGCGCUGGCCCGGAUCCGCUGCGAGUUCUUCGCGUCCAUGGCCGCGAGCUGGGCGCCGGUGGCCACCGAUCUGGGGGCCAGCCAACGAAGCCUGCAGGUGAAGGCGCUGCAGCCGCCGGCCACGGAGGGCUUCGGGUCGGGUGGCGUUGUCGGCACACUCAAAGCGAGCCCGUCCCCAUCGCCUCGCAUUUCUGCGAGCCCGUCCCCGUGCUUGGAUGCUCCAAGAGGGCUGAAUGGUGGACUCAUGGCACCUGCCGUCCAAAGCGGCGCUUACCACAUGGCCGAGGCAAGCGUGCAACUUGCCAAGGAGGAUGCUCCUUCGGGAAGCGGGCUGGAUGCUGAAAGCAUGGCUAGUCCAGCCAAAGUGGAGGAUGUCCAAAGCAGCGCUGUCGACGUAGCUGGGUCAAGCGUGCAACUUGCCAAGGAGGUGCCGCAGGAGGAUGCUCCUUCGGGAAGCGGGCUGGAUGCUGAAACCGAGGAUGUCCAAAGCAGCGCUGUCGACGUGUCAAGCGUGCCACAUGCCAAGGAGGAUGCUCCUUCGGGAAGCGGGCUGGAUGCUGAAAGCAUGGCUAGUCCAGCCAAAGUGGAUGACGUCCAAAGUGGCGCUGACGACAUAGCUGGAGCUAGCGUGCAACUUGCUAAGGAAGACCCGGAGGAAGAGAAGCUGCGGAAGAUGAUGUCGGCCAUCGCCGCGCAGCAUGCGGCCGGGGAGGUGGACAACCAUGACGCCUUCAACGACAUGUGGCGACGGGAGGAGACGUUGUGGAUGCUGACAAGGGCGAGGAGGAGGUGGAGGAGGAGCCAAUUGAUGAGCCGCCGGAGCAGGUGUCGGCAGAGGCCGAGACCGAGAUAGAUGGCAUCACGAUGACCUUGACGAUUCGCUAGCGGCUGAGAGUGCAGAGGAGUCAGC